AACAACUCCAUUUGUAAAGAUGAAGGGUGUAUGUUUCACGAUUUAUCCUUCAGUCACACAUUACACAUUGUCAUUCUGCAUGUCAUCAUACUUAAUUAUAAUUAUGCAAAUUAAUUAAGGAUUGACUAUUUCAGGCUCCAAAAAGGUACCAGGGUUACUUAUGUUUUAAUACUUCCUUGUUUCACUACUGUCAUAUUUUUCUAGCUAGUUUAAAGUUGAAAAGAAACCAAGCCCAGGAAGAAUUUCAUGUAAAAAAAGACCUAAUUAAGUUAUCCAUGGUAUCUUAGAACUCUUUGUGAUGGUUGUUUCUGUGACUGAAUUAAUCAUAAUCUUGUAUACAUGAAGGAAGAAGGUUGUCUUGUUUAAUCAACCUGUCAGUGAGGUAUAGAGGGUCCAUCAGAUAGACUUGUCACUAAUUAAUUAGCUUAUAUAUAUUUCAACAGGUGUGGGAGUACUAUGUAAUUAUAGAGUCAUUUGUACAAUAAAUCCAAUAACAGACAAAUAAAGAAAUGCACUGAUGUCUAAGUUUCUUAGUUCUCCCCAGUUGCCUCCAGGGACAAAGCCUCUGCCUACCCAAGUAGCUGGACACAAGUAUGGAGAUGGAAACAUAGGAUGUUUAGAGGUAGAUGAUGGUACCAUACUAAAACUUGUGCAGAAUCCACCUAAUGGUCAAAGAGAGUUAGACUUUUAUGAUGAAAUCUUCAAGUCAACAUACGACAACACACUGAUAGAACUUAGGUCAUUUGUACCAGAAUUCCAUGGUGUAAUCCAUGGAGAAACAAAUGGUGGUGUAGCCAAACACCAAUACUUGAAGUUAGAAAACUUGAUAAAGAAACUUUCCAAGCCAUGUGUUUUGGACAUAAAAAUGGGGAGAAAAACAUAUGACCCAGAAGCCUCACCAGAAAAAGUGGCAUCACAAAUAGCAAAAUUUCCCCCUGUCCUGCAGCUUGGAUAUCAGUUCACAGGAAUGCUUAAAUUUGAUACAGACAAAAACAAGAUGGUCAAAUAUGAUAAAUAUUUCUGUAGAAAGUUGACAGAGAAAACAAUGCUUAUUGAUGGAUUAGGUGAAUUUUUUCGUCAAGGCAAAUACUACAGAAAAGAUUAUAUCCAAGCCGUGGUUGACAAAUUAAAAUCGAUAGAAACCUGGUUCCUAAAUCAGAAAAAAUAUGCGUUUUAUGCCAGUUCAUUGCUGCUUGUUUACAAUGCAUCUGUAGACAUAACUGAAGCACAGGAUAUAGUAUGGUGUUCUGAAGAAAAGGAAGAAAAACUGGACAGUAUGGAAGACAAUAAAAUAGACUUAAAUUAUGAAUCCGACAUUAAUCAAACUUACGAUCGGCUCAAAGAGGAAGGAAGUGACGAAACCGGAAAUUCUUCUUUUAACCAUAACAAUCCAGAUAGAAGUUUUGUAGAUGUACGAAUGAUUGAUUUUACCCAUGUGUUUCCGUCAGAAGACCGAGAUGAGAAUUAUAUAUUUGGAUUACAAAACUUAAUUAAACAUUUACAAUCUCUGCUUGAUAUGUAAUUCCUAAUUUUUUUAACAGAAAUGUGCAAAUAUGUGUGAGUGCCUUAAUGUUUCCAGAUCAACACUUAUGUGUUAUGUGGUUAUGUAAAGCUUGUUAUUUUAACUUCACUAUUUUUUUUAUAACAAGUGUAUUUUUUUUUGUUCAAGAAGACUGUUAACAUGCUUUAAAGAUCUGUGAUUUUUUUUUUCAUAAAGCAUUAAGAAAAAUAUUAAGGUGUAUAAUUAGCUAGUUAUUCCUUUGACUAUACACCUGUCUUAAAUAAAGAAACACGCAAUAUUUUUCCUGGCCUAUUUUUUUUUUUAAAAGAUGUUUUACUUUUUAGACUGUCAGAAAGUUUGAUUUCCACUGCCAUUUUUAUACCCUGACAAAAGUAUAUAGACCAUAUUAAACCUUGUUAGAUUUGAUUUGUUGUCUGCUUUUGACAGCUAUAUAAUUAUAUUGUUCAGUGGAUGUUUUAAAAAUUUGUCAUUUCAAUAAUACUGAAUGCCAAUAAAGUACGUAUAACUGAGGAGGAGUUAUUUCUCUUUCUUAGGCUGUUCUCUCAUCCUAGCUACCGAUCACAGGGAAAAAUUUCCUCUGAAUGAAGAGUCGUUUGUUUCAAAGUAUAAUUAUUUUUGAUGAGGAGUUCAUAUUAUACAAAUUGUUCAAAAUCAUUGCAUAUGUAACAUUUUUAAAAUGUCGGGUUCAUACUGAUAAUUUAUAUGGUGUUUAUGAUCUCCUACUGUUGUUUGUUCUUCAAUGAUGGUAUUCAGGCAUUACAAUAUUAAAAACACUGUAACAAACUAAAACCGAGGGAAACACAUCAACUAUUAGAGGAAAACAACGGAAUAACAGAAACACUGACCUACAUAGAAACGGACUGUCUGAUAACAAUUGCCAUAUUCC